AUGCCUUAUUUUAAUUACAUGCUGCGCCCUGUUACAGAUGUUGAGAACAUGGAAAAGAACCACAAAUUGGGGAAACUGGUGUCUGAAGAAGCCCUUAAAAAGGCAUUGAAGUUAAGUGUCAGUGGGAAGAAAAUUGUAGCACAAAAAGUAUUGGAUGAAAUAAAAAGGCACCAGCAAACACCUGCAGCACCAUCAACGACAGUAACAGUAACACCACAAAAAUCAAUAACAGCAGGUUCAUCACAAGUAGCAACAACAACAGAAGCAACAGCAACAACAAAAUCAUCACCAUUGGCAGCAGUAAAAUUACCACAAAUGGUCGAACCACAAUCAGUAACUGCAACUAAACCUUCAGCGGAAACAACAGCAAAACGAACAGAUACUACAACAACAGAUCCACCAUCAACAGAAAUAGUGCCAAUAAAAGAAUCAAAGGCAGCAACAGCACGAAGAAUCCUGUCAGCACCACCACCACAACCACUACCACUACCACCACCACCACCUCCGGCCACAGAAACAGCAGCAGCAACAACAGCAGCAGCAACUGAACCAACAACAACAGUAGCAGCAGCAACAAAACCAUCAACAACAGUUGCAGCAACACAACACUGCCUAAGGAGGAGUCAAAGACAAGGUACAUCUACAUCAUUAAAUAAGGAUUUUUUAUGGCUUCAGACAAAGGAAAGGAAAAGAUUGUGA